AUGACAGAGAUACCUUUGUGGGUGAAAUUUCCCAAAUUGCCUAUGAGUUGUUGGGGUUGUGGAUCUUUGGGCAGAAUAGCUAGUGCACUGGGGAAACCAUUGUUUGCAAAUGAAUGUAUGACUAAGCAAACAAGGAUCUCCUAUGCUAGAAUGUUAAUUGAAGUCAAUGUAUCAAAACCACUCCCUGACACAGUUGUGGUUAUGGAGCCAAAUGGAAAGAAAUUUCAGCAGGAGGUGGUGUUUGAAUGGAAACCUCAGUUCUGCCCUCAAUGUUUAACUAUAGGGCACAUUUGCACAAAGCAACCUGAGCAACAAGGAAGACAAAUGCAGAAUAGAAGAAGAGAUACACAGCAAACAAUUCAGGUUGCAAUCACUCAACACAAAGAUGGUAUGAACAAGCUGCAGCAACAGGACAAAGGACCACGCAGCAAAGUUACAACACAUGUGGAAGGGCCAAAAAAUGCCUCUAAAGACAAGGAGCAGAUGCCUAGUCCAGAGCUGAACUUGAUCAAUUUCCCACAAUUGAGUGCUGUUAUGUUGAGUAAUGUAAAUAAUGGGAAUACUGGGGCAACACAAAGGGAGAUACAGAGAAUGAGACAAGUAGAACCACCUGAACCAGGUGGACCUAUCACUGCUCAAUGA